AUGCCUACCGUUCUGUUGACAGGUGCCAAUGGCUUCUUGGCUGCACACGUCCUCAAAUACCUAGUAGAUGACACGUUCGAUGUGGUCGGCACAGUCCGGUCCGAGGCCAAGGCUGACGACGUCUUCUUUGCACAUCCUGAGUUCAGGUCGAAAGUCCGCCUCGUUGUGGUCCCAGACAUGUCAGCUCCGGGUGCCUUUAACAAGAUCUUCGAACAAACACAGUUUGACUAUAUCAUCCACACAGCAGCACCGGUGCCUGAUGGUGGUGGAGCAGACUUUGACAGAGAUUUCUUGGGCCCUGGUGCUCAAGGCAACCUCGAAUUGCUCCGGGCAACGAAAAAGUAUUGCAAAUCUCUCAAGCAUUUCACCUAUACCGGUAGUCUGGUGACAGUAUAUGAUAUCACAAAGCCGCUGGACGGGCGAGUGCUGACAAGCACAGAUUGGAAUCCGGUUAGUGUUGAAGUUGCUCGCCAAUUGCAGCAACCCGGCGCCAGUUACAUUGUCUCCAAGACCCUGGCGGAAAAGGCUCUUUGGGAUUUUGUCGAGAAGGAGAAGCCGUCUUUUGGUGUCACGGUCCUUUCAGCGCCUCUUAUCUUCGGGCCACCGCUGCAGCACCUCCACCAGAAUGCAUCUGGCAAGGGUCGCUUCAAUUUCAGUGCCGAUGUCUUCUACAGCACAUUCCUGAAGCCUGUAUCCAGCGCAGAUGGACCUUCGCAGCCACUGUACAUCGGGUAUAUCGACGUCCGGGACCUUGCGGCGCUGCAUGUCCAGUCAAUCAUCAAAGGCGGGACCGAGAACAGACGUUUGUUGCUAGCAAGCCCGGAGCCCUUCCUCGCUCAGAGGGUGUUAGAGAUCUUAGUUGACAAGUUCCCCCAGCUAGCAGAUCGACUGUCAUCCGUACGAGCUGCAGCUAUUGUGGCGAACAAGGAGCAAGAUGGGGACCAUCCGCUCAAAGUCGAUGACUCUGAGGCCAAGCACUUAUUUGGUGAUGAUAUGUACAGACCGCUUGAGCAGACUGUUGUCGACACAGCAUCGAGGUUGUUGGAGCUUGAAUGA